AGAGGCGACCUCUAUGAUAUUCAAGCUGCCGCAAAAAAGUGUUGUUUGGUUUGUAGUUAAAAGGCUCUGUAAAAAUCAUUAAAAAUCCGAGCCAUCUUUUAGUUUUAAGUUUCUUAAAUAUUGUCAAAGAGUAUCACAAGGAUUUCUCAAAUGGCAGAAGCAGAUAAAUUGAAUAUCGACAGUAUAAUAGCCCGUUUAUUAGAAGUGCGUGGAGCAAGACCAGGCAAAAAUGUACAACUCACAGAAAAUGAAAUUAGGGGGCUCUGUUUAAAAUCUAGAGAGAUCUUCCUUAGCCAGCCGAUUUUGUUGGAACUUGAAGCUCCUCUGAAGAUUUGCGGUGAUAUACAUGGUCAGUACUAUGACUUGCUUCGUCUCUUUGAAUAUGGAGGUUUCCCUCCCGAAUCAAACUACUUAUUUUUGGGAGAUUAUGUAGAUCGUGGUAAACAAUCAUUGGAAACCAUCUGCUUACUUCUCGCUUACAAAAUUAAAUACCCAGAAAACUUUUUCCUACUCAGAGGCAACCACGAAUGCGCAUCAAUUAAUCGUAUAUAUGGAUUCUAUGAUGAAUGCAAAAGAAGGUAUAACAUCAAGUUGUGGAAAACUUUUACGGACUGUUUCAAUUGCCUACCUGUAGCAGCCAUCGUCGAUGAAAAAAUUUUCUGUUGCCAUGGUGGUUUAAGUCCGGACCUACAAUCAAUGGAACAAAUUAGAAGAAUUAUGAGACCGACUGAUGUACCUGACCAAGGGCUUCUUUGUGACCUUUUAUGGUCUGAUCCAGACAAAGACCAGAUGGGAUGGGGAGAAAACGAUAGAGGAGUUAGUUUUACUUUUGGUGCUGAAGUUGUAGGAAAGUUCUUGCACAAACACGAUUUUGAUUUGAUAUGUCGAGCGCAUCAAGUCGUAGAAGAUGGAUAUGAAUUCUUCGCCAAAAGACAGUUAGUCACACUGUUUAGUGCGCCAAAUUAUUGUGGAGAGUUUGAUAACGCAGGUGCGAUGAUGUCGGUGGAUGAGACACUAAUGUGUAGUUUUCAAAUUUUAAAGCCAGCAGACAAGAGGAAAUUCCAGUACAACAUGAACGCAGGCAGACCUGUGACGCCGCCAAGAGGCGCAACGAAUAAAAACAAGAAGAAGUGAAUGAAUAAUAUAUUUAUAAGGUUAGGUUUAGUCGCAACAUAAACAUGUUCAAAACAUUUUAAAUACUAAAAUUUUCUAAAGGUUACAAAGAUUCAAGAUAAAUUAAGAUUUUCUUCAUGUUUUUGUUGGUUGUUUUAUAGGUUAGGAUAGUAAACUAUAUAAUAAUAAAGUUCUCAAUAUUGUUAAAAAGAAGUGAAUGUUAGUAUUUAAAAUGUUCGAUUAUUUCGGCCGUUUUACUUUAUUUUAUAUCUGAUAUUACUAGAAAAGGGUGAUAUCUAUGAACCCAGACAACUAAACGUUCGAUUUGAACAAAUGAAAAUUUAUUGAAAACAUUAAUCCUCACAACCUUACUUAUUUAAUUAAAAAACAAGAUCAGUAAUACAUUAAAGUCUAUCAUUAAUAAUACUUGGUUUGUAUAAACUUUGGUGAAUUAAUUAUUUUUCUAUUUGGUAUAUAACUAUUAAUUUCUAUAAACUUGCUGAAAAAAAUUGGUGAAUUAUGGGAUAGUUUCUACAUUGUCUUGUGUCAAUCCUAAGUAACAAUGCAACAAACGCAGGAUUGCUGCGGUUCUAAAGACAUGUGGUGAUGUUGUUACCCCAUUCGCUAGGAACCGCAAAGUGGGCGACGUCUGGUGGUAAAUAUCAAAAGCAUCAAAACAUAGGGCAUUUCAACAUUCUGUCAAAAUUAAAUCAAUAUGGCUGCUGGGAGGCAAACAAAUGUUAUUCUGUCAGUUCUUAAUGUGUUUCUUAAUUCUUAAUUGUAAUCGCGCGUCAUGUGAACGGGUUCUAAGUUUCCACUGCAUUUAGCAACAGAAUUGGGAGACCUAGAUGAAGUUCAACGGUUGAUUGAAGGAUGAGCAAUAAUUAAUGAAGUAUGUCCCAUGGGCUGCUACCACUAUUGAAGAUGAUCCUAGAUAUCUAGAGAGUCAGCUUUCCACAUCAACAGAUCUUGCUGGUUUGAAGAAUGAACUAAAAGGUAGCUCAGGUAAGACAAUAACAACUUGUACUAAACAAUGUGAUGUAAUUCGUAUCUUUUAUUAACUAUGGACGUAAAAGCUAAAAUUAAGGAAGAUUCACGUUGCACUAUUGUGUAGGUUAACCACACUAUUUUGUAAAAAACAAAUAAAUUUUUAAUGUAUCAGUGAAAAUAAAUCCACCUUUCUAUCUUCGAAAAUUUAUAGGUACAAUAAGCAAGAAAUUAGAAAAUUAGUGUUGUUUCCACUAAUGAUCUUUUGGAUGAAUAGAUAGUAAGUCGUCCCAUUGUAAAUACUAAGUUAUUUUAAAUAAUUUAUGCAACCGUUUCUAGAAUAGGCACAUCUAUUUGAAUGUGAUAAUAUCUUGAAUAGGUAUUUAAAAAACAAAAUUGUUUCAUUAAUAAAGUCAAAGCAGUGUUACACAUAUUUUUAAAUAGGUCUCAGAAUAAGUUUUCACUACAUUUAGCAACAGAAUUAGGAGACCUUGAUGAAGUUCAACGGUUGAUUGAAGGAGGAGCAGAGGAGGAGUUUCUUUGUAAUCUUAUUUUGUACAAGGAUUAAUUUAACAUUUUUACUAAAAGAAUUAAUUUAACAAGAUAAUAUGCCUCAUUGCUGUUGUGUUUUGAAGUGUGGAAUGCAAAGUAAUCGUGAUAAAGUUCACUCUUAUCGGUUACCAUCAGUGCUUCAUUUUAAGCAUAAAACUGAACUGAAUAAGUUAUCAUCUGAGAGACAAAAACAAUGGUUAAAUGCUAUAAAACGUAAAGGUUUUAUUAGCGAAAUGAAAAUUAAGAAUGAUUUUCUGUAGGUACUCUAAUCAUUUUAUAUCUGUAUCUUUAAAAACUACACAAAAUCAACAACAAAAUGUUGGGAAAAUACACCUAAAAACUAUAGAGGCACAUUGUGGUACAAAUAUAAACAAAUACAAUGCUUGUCUCCCAGCAAUCAUAUUGGCGUCAUAAAUGUCAAAGUCUUGGAAUGCCCAUUGUCAUUUUACCCGUUGACAUUGUGAAAGUACUGUCAGGAUAAAUUACUUUUGUAUCAAAUUAUCUUUAUCCGCAUCAUUGAUUGGUUAUCUAUUUACAAUAAUGUAAUCGUCAAUCAAUUGUACAUCUAUAGUAUAAAUCGCUGUAAUAUACAAAUACCUGUCAACGAAUACAUAAUUUUCGAAGUUCUAUGUAUAAUAAUUAUGGACAUACGUCUUUUUCUGUCACUUUGAACUUAAUCCCUUGGAGAGAAUUUGACAAACUAUGAAACACUGAAAGAAGGGUUCGGUAUGAACUUAUAGACUAUAUUGUAUUGUUAAUCUCAUUCUUUAUUAAAUAAGCAAAGUUGUGAAGAUGAAUGUAUUGAAUAAAUUUUCGUUUGUCAGAACUUUCAGUUGGUAGGGCUCGUAUUUAUUUAACUAGAUAAACAACAUACUUAGGAUAUUCAAUUCAAAUAAUGGAAACGGCUUCUCUUAAUUUACAAAUCGAUAUUUCUUAUUUAUUUUUUCUUUCAAUUAUUUUGUUCGGUUCACAUAGAAACAGUUUUAUGUUUUACACAGUUCUUUUCUGACUCUGUAUAAAUAUAUUUUUAUAUACAAUCGUUUCAGUUUAUUUUUUUUUCACCGCCAUUCGUGCGUUUUUGCUACUUAGGAAAUUUUUAGUAAAGAAAAUGUUAUGUCGGAACCAGUCAAAAAUAUUAUGUUUUUUUAUAUUUAAAUAAAAUGUAUUUAUGAAACGUGAUUAUAGGUAUCGAGAUUAAUGCUAUAAAAUGUUUUAAGUUUA